AACAUGAUGAUAAUCAUUAAUAUUAUAAUCAUGACAUUUAAUUUACAGACGUGAGCCAUGGGAAAGGUGUUACUGUUUUUUUAUUUAUUUUUAUUGACUGAUUGAACUGAGAAUUGGAUAUCUACUAUAAAUUUAUCAAGAAUAGUCACAGAUCACAGCCUGCUUUAUAAAAAACACAAGUCAAGAUUAAACACUAAGACUCAGUCAGAGUCAACUAAUGAAGCCAAAACAGCACUUUUUAGGUCAAAAAUUUGCUUUGUAUUUGACCAAGUAUGUUUUCUAACUUAUGCUGUUUAUUAGUUUCGCUUUGCUGAUAGUAUGGACAUUCUUCUGAUGGUGGUGGGAACCAUCAUGGCCAUGGGCAAUGGGGCAGUGCUUCCUGCUAUGGUGAUUGUAUUUGGUGAAAUGACGAACAGCUUUGUGGACAGCAGUAUUUUAGAUAGUCUGCCUCCAAACAUGACUUUACCGGAAAACUUCACCUGGCAAUUUUCUAACAAAACACUUGGAGAACAGAUGACGAGGCAUGCCAUUUACUACAGCAUCAUGGGAGGUAUAGUCCUUUUUGCAGCCUACAUGCAAGUGGCCUUCUGGACCCUGGCUGCAGGGCGACAAGUGAAGAGGAUCAGAAAGAUGUUCUUUCACUCCAUCCUUAAACAGGACAUCGGUUGGUUUGAUGUUAACGAGACAGGACAGCUCAAUACACGACUUGCAGAUGACAUCUUUAAGAUAAACGAGGGCAUUGCAGACAAGCUGGGCACAUUAAUUCAGUCCUUAUCCACCUUUUUAGCGGGCUUCAUCAUUGGCUUUAUCCAUGGCUGGAAGCUCACCCUUGUCAUCAUCUCCAUAAGUCCCCUGCUAGGAAUCUCAGCUGCUAUCAUUACCAAGGUAAUGACAUCAUUCACCUCGAGGGAGCAGACCGCAUAUGCGAAAGCCGGAGCUGUAGCUGAAGAGGUGCUUUCUGCCGUCAGAACUGUCUUUGCCUUUGGAGGGCAAAGGAAGGAAUUAAAAAGGUAUGAGAAAAACCUGGAAGACGCCAAGAACGUUGGCAUAAGAAAAGCCAUUACAGUAAACAUCGCUGUGGGUUUCACAUACUUUAUGAUCUACAUGUCCUACGCUCUGUCCUUCUGGUAUGGUAGCACAUUGAUUUUUGCUGGAGAGUACGACAUUGGAACUCUUCUUACAGUUUUUUUUGCUGUUGUCAUUGGAGCAUUUGGCCUUGGCCAGACCUCUCCUAACAUUCAGGCAUUCUCUAGUGCACGAGGGGCUGCUCACAAGGUUUUUAACAUCAUUGAUCAUAAACCCAGCAUUGACAGUUUCUCAGAUGAAGGCUACAAACCCGACAUGGUCAAAGGAAACAUUGAGUUCAAAGACAUUCACUUUAGCUACCCCUCGCGGCAGGAUGUGAAAGUUCUAAAUGGGAUGAAUCUAAAGAUCAGCAGUGGACAGACUAUCGCUCUUGUAGGUAGCAGUGGUUGUGGUAAAAGUACAACAGUCCAACUGAUUCAGCGUUUCUAUGACCCCCAAGAAGGAGCAGUGAGUAUAGAUGGCCAUGACAUUCGCACUCUGAAUGUGCGCUAUCUGAGAGAGAUGAUUGGCGUUGUGAGUCAGGAGCCCGUGCUUUUUGCCACCACAAUUGCAGAGAAUAUUCGAUAUGGACGUGAGGACGUGACGCAGGAGGAGAUAGAGCAGGCUACACGUGAGGCCAACGCAUAUGAUUUCAUCAUGAAACUUCCUGAUAAAUUUGAGACUCUGGUUGGAGACAGAGGCACUCAGAUGAGUGGAGGACAGAAACAGAGAAUUGCCAUAGCCCGAGCUCUUGUGCGCAAUCCCAAGAUCCUCCUGUUGGAUGAGGCAACCUCAGCAUUAGACACAGAAAGUGAGGCGAUUGUACAAGCAGCUCUGGAUAAGGUGAGACUUGGCAGAACGACCAUCAUAGUGGCCCAUCGUUUGUCCACUAUCCGCAAUGCUGACAUAAUCGCUGGAUUCCAGAACGGGAAUAUUGUAGAGCUCGGCACACACGAUGAACUGAUGGAGAAAAAGGGAGUGUACCAAACACUGGUCUCUAUGCAGACAUUUCAAAGCACAGAAGCCACAGAGUCAAGUGCAGAGGAGGCAGGGCUGGAUGAGAAGAGCCCCUCUGCCACAUCUAUUACAGAGCGCACACUCUACAGGCAGAAAUCCAAGAGUUUCACUUCCUCAGAGAAAGGCCAGGAGGAUGUACACAGAGAUUCUGUGCAGGAGGAAAAGGUCCCAGAAGUGUCAUUCUUCAAAGUACUGAGUCUGAACAAGAAAGAAUGGCCCUACAUGGUGGUGGGGAUUUUCUGUGCGAUCAUUAAUGGAGGCCUGCAGCCUGCUUUUGCUAUCAUCUUUUCCAAAAUUGUUGCUGUGUUUGCUGAGACAAAUCCAGACGUUAAAAGGGAAAAGGCGAAUCUCUUCUCAUUGCUGUUUGCCGUCAUUGGGGUGAUUUCCUUCAUCGCACUUUUCUUACAGGGUUUCUGCUUUGGUAAAGCUGGUGAGAUACUGACCAUGAGACUGAGGUACCGAGCUUUCAAAUCCAUGAUGAGACAGGACUUAGGUUGGUAUGAUGAUCCUAAAAAUAGUGUCGGAGCACUGACCACCAGACUGGCCACAGACACUGCUCAAGUGCAGGGCGCAACAGGGUUAAGACUGGCUACAUUGGCUCAGAAUGUGGCCAACCUUGGUACUGCGAUCAUCAUCUCGUUUGUGUACGGCUGGCAGCUCACCCUCCUCAUCCUCUCCAUCGUGCCCGUUAUGGCUGUAGCAGGGGCUAUCCAGAUGAAGUUGUUAGGAGGCCAUGCAGUAAAGGACAAGAAGGAGUUAGAGCAGGCUGGAAAGAUUGCUACAGAAGCCAUAGAGAAUAUCCGCACAGUUGUAUCACUGACCAGAGAGAGUAAAUUUGAGAGCCUUUUUCAGCAGAAUCUGAUUGUACCGUACAAGAAUGCCAAAAAGAAAGCACAUAUCUUUGGUUUCACAUUCUCUUUCUCCCAAGCCAUGAUCUACUUUGCCUAUGCAGGCUGCUUCAAGUUUGGUUCAUGGCUCAUUGAGCAGAAACUUAUGACGUUUGAGGGGGUUUUUCUUGUAAUCUCAGCUAUAAUAUAUGGAGCCAUGGCAAUGGGAGAAGCCAACUCCUUUACUCCAAACUACGCCAAGGCUAAGAUGUCAGCUUCUCACACCCUGAUGCUCAUCAAUCGAGUGCCGGAUAUCGACAACUGCUCAGAGGAGGGAGAAAAGCCGGAUCACUUUGAUGGCAACGUGCGCUUUCGGGAUGUGAAAUUUAGGUACCCAUCACGACCCGACGUGCCUGUACUGCAGGGCCUGCGUCUCCGGGUGAAGAAAGGUCAAACGCUCGCUCUGGUGGGCAGCAGCGGAUGUGGCAAGAGCACCACUAUUCAGCUGUUGGAGAGAUUUUAUGAUGCAUUUGAAGGCACAGUGAUGCUAGAUGAUUGCAACGUCAAACAGCUGAACAUCCACUGGCUGCGCUCUCAGAUAGGUAUUGUAUCCCAAGAGCCCGUGCUAUUUGAUUGCAGCUUGGCCGAAAACAUCGCAUAUGGAGAUAACAGCAGGCAGGCCACUCAGGAGGAGAUCGAACAAGCUGCCAAGGCGGCCAAUAUACACUCUUUUAUAGAGGGGCUCCCUCAGAAAUAUCAGACCCAGGCAGGUGAUAAAGGCACACAGCUGUCAGGUGGACAGAAGCAGCGUAUCGCCAUUGCUAGAGCCAUCCUGCGCAACCCCAAACUGCUGCUACUGGACGAAGCCACAUCGGCUCUUGACACAGAAAGUGAAAUGAUCGUACAGGAGGCCUUGGAUAAGGCACGUGAGGGUCGUACGUGCAUCAUAGUGGCUCACCGGUUGUCCACCAUCCAGAACGCGGACGUCAUCGCCGUGUUUCAGAACGGCGUGGUGGUGGAGGAGGGCACACACAAACAGCUCCUCAGCCAGCAGGGGGUUUACUAUACUCUCAUCAAUUCACAAAUGGGUUACAGCAAAUAGGCAAGUACGCGAGAAGAAGCCAGGAAGGUUUAAACAAAACAGAAAUUUCACUUUUCUACCAAAAAAAAGGAAUGGUGCUGAUCAUAGACUGUAUAUAGAUGAGGUUGUAAGUUACAGAUGCCUGUGUGACAUCAUGGUUUUAAGGUUUAAAAGAUGUAGUAGAUUUAUUAAAAGAAAAACCAUGGUUGUAGUAAGAAAAGUGGCAGCAGCAGAAAAUGCACUACUGAAGACUUUCAUACUUCUGUCCACUGGAAAUGUAAUCAUUUUACACUGUUAGUUGUAUUAUGGCUUAUUAUAAAUGUGUACACUGAUUAUAAAGUUGAACUGGAGCAAUGAAAUAAUUAAAUGAACUAACAACAUUGAUUAAAAUACCAUUUUAGCCACGCACUUCCAAUCAUACUAACCGGGACAGAUAUGGAGUCUGAUUUGCCUACUUUCAUUGCCUACUUUGUGUUUGCCAAUUUUAAAUGUAUUUAAUUAUAACUAAUAUAUUUAUUAAAUGAAUAAAGCACUAUAAAGAAAUCUCUCAAAAGAAAAAAAAAAUAAGGCCUAGCACUUACAGUUGAGGCCAAAGAUAUUAAGGCAACAUAUGACAUGAAGUCAUUCUUCCUGAGCACAAAACAGGUGAUGUCACUUGUUUGAGCCAAUCUGGCUAAAGAUUUCUGCUAAUUGGAAUUUAUUUGAUUUAGUUAGUGGAUGUACAAUGUGGCAAAUUACUUUUUAAUGCCAGGGCAUCCACCCCUAUACAAAUCUGGCUAAACCCUCACUGUCCUGUUCUUUUUAACUCUGGAGCCAUCAGGUGUAAAGGACUUCAUACUAAAUAUUGAUUGUUGUAUAGCAAUUUCAUUGCAUAAAAUAACAAAUUACCCUUAUUAUUGACUGUCCUUAUUUAAAAAAUUUGAAAAACUCAUUGUCAGAAUAUUGAAUUUUACUUGUCUUAAUACUUUUGGUCACCACUGUAGCAAACUUAAAGUGCUGAAUGAUUAUAAGUUCUGAGAUGGCACUGUAUUGUGUUCUGCUAGAGCACAAAUGUUUUUAUACUGUUUCUAUACCUUCCUUUUUUUGGGGGUGGGGAGAGGGGAAUAAAGUUUAUUUAGACCUAAAAUGA